CGUUGUGUUUUAGUUGAGUCAGUGUGUGUGUGUGUGUGUGUGUGUGUGUGUGGGGAGGGGUUGCCCUGCUCGGUGCACAGAAAGCUAUGUGUCAUCUGAGGGCAGAAAGAAUGCGCUGAUCACUGGAUACUACAUGAACUCCUGACUCCACAAUGAAUCGGACAGAGAUGGAGAUGUCUGGGCCUGGGGGGAACCGGCGGACCCGCACGGUGAAGAGGAAGGUGUGGGGGGGUCUGCGGCAGUGGAAGCUGCUGGGUAUGUUCGAGAUCGACCAGCAGCACGAGUUCUACAGCCUCACCUGCAUGAUGAAGGAGGGCCUGUGUGCAGCCGUGCAGAACACCAUCGACAACCCCAUACCCAAUGAAUUCUCUGAAGAUGAUUACAAGCUUGAGGUGACACAAAUCCAUAAGGACUUCAGGAUGGAGACGUUUGCAGGGCCGGUGUUCGCCAGUCUGCGGCGCUCCCUGGGGAUGAGCGAGAAAGAGUAUCAGCACUCUCUCUCCUCAGAAGGCAGCUACCUGCAGUUCAUCAGCAAUUCAAAGAGCAAAGCUGACUUCUUCCUAACGAAUGAUAAGCGGUUCUUCUUGAAGACACAGAACAGAAGGGAAGUUCGGUUCCUCUUGUCUAAUCUGAGGAUUUAUAUGGAACAUCUAGAGAAGUUCCCUCACUCACUCCUGGUUAAGUUUUUAGGUGUUCACAGGAUCAGGAUCCCCCAUCGGAGGAAGAAGUAUUUUAUAGUGAUGCAGAGCGUCUUCUACCCUGACGAGAGAAUCAAUGCCAGGUAUGACAUAAAGGGCUGUGAGGUGAGCCGGUGGACUGACCCGGCACCUGAGGGCAGUCAGGUCAUCGUUGUUCUGAAGGAUCUCAAUUUUGAGGGACAGUUUAUCACAUUAGAUCACCAGCGUCCGUGGCUGUUGCGGCAGGUGGAGAUCGACACGGCCUUCCUGCGGGAGCUGAACGUGCUGGACUACAGCCUCCUGCUGGCCCAUCAGCCCCUGCACCAGGACGAGCGCAACCACACCCUCUCUUUCGCCACGCUCAUCAUGCGCACCAAAAAAUCCUUCACGUUGCUCUCCUCUCGGCCGCGGGCAGGCAGGUCGGUCACCACAGGCUCCGGUCCUGCAGUCCCGGGGGCCGUACUUGAGGAGGACCUCACAGAAGUGAACGUUAGGACAUCACAGAGCCAGAUCACAGAGACAAGUGUUGACGGCGGUGGUGGUGGGGGAGAUUCCCUAGACCAGGACGAGCUAUCGGACAGAGCUGGAGCGGAAUCAGCAGAACUGCGGGAGUUCCAGGCCCAGAACCGGCGUCUUCUGCCCAACUUUAAGAACCCUCUGCACGUCAUCGACGGGCCUGAGCAGCGGUACUUCGUUGGCAUCAUCGACAUCUUCACCGUCUACGGCUUCAAGAAGAGGCUGGAGCACCUGUGGAAGAGACUGAGGCAUCCGGGGCAAACCUUCUCUACGGUCAGCCCCCCGGAGUACUGCCAGAGGCUGUGCCAGUGGGUGCAGGACCAUUCCAAAUAGACUGUGAUGGGGUGAGGAGGGAGGCAAUGACUGCAAAUGAUGUUAAAUCUGCUCGGACGCAUGCUACACAUAUAUACUGUACAUACAGACACUGGUACAUCAGCCAACAGGAAAAGAAAAAACAAUAUUUCAAACAAUAUUGUGUUUACAGUAACGUUUCACAGCUGGAGAGUGAGAUACCUGUCUAUCGGUAGCUUUUAGCACCUUAAUUAGUUCUUUCUUAAAUUACCUUUCAGUGGUUGGUUAUUAAAAGAGCUCAUAUGAUGGAAAUCCAACAUUUCCUCCCUUUAAAAAAGGAAAAUAAUAUGAUACAGGAUGCAGACAUUGUUCUAACAAAAUAUUCUGUUCUCUCAUCAGCCUGUAGAGCAGGGGUCGGCAAUUAAGUGUGGCUGCAGGCCAGAUAUUUUUCAAGCCAUUACUUGGGCGGAAGAAUGAGAACAGGUGAAAACAAAAGUCACGACGAACAUGACAGAGAGACCGGGGAGGCAUGUAAAGAAAAGCUCUCCAGAGAAGCAUCAUAGUUCAAACAACCUCACAGGCCAGGUGUUCCUAUUGCCCACCCCUGCUGUAGGGUGAGAGUUUAUGUGUAAACUUAGACUGGCAUGGCAAAAGUCAUGGGACAGGAACCAGGAUCAUGUCCCAUGACUUUUGCCAUGUCCCAUGGAUGCUAAAGAACGCUCCUUUGACCUGUGGGAUCUGUGUAUGAUUGGCUUUCUGCAAUGAAUUUGGAUGUGCUUUCUGUCACUUGUCUGAACAUAUGGUUAAUUCUAGCCACAUACCAGACACUGCUGUGAUCAUCACAAACUGUGCGGUCUACUUUGGGUGGUAAUUGAUGCUAUCUGUGAUGCAUUUCUUCUACACAUGUGACACUGUGGAUCAAGGAAUGUGAAUAAAUAUCAGCACAACUUCUGAUAUGGAGUGUCCCAUCCAUCUGCACUCACAAUCAGGCCUCAGUCCAACUCCAACUUCUAUUCCGAUGAUCCGUGGCCUUGCCAUGAGCAUGCUGACCAAUGUUCAACCUCACUCACAAGAUAACACCUCAAUGAGUCAGCUAAUCAGAGCUGGGUAUCCCCAAUUCAUCAUGAAUUUAUGGUAUGUUAUGAAUGAGGUCGGUGAAGGUACUAAUCCCCUGCUAAUGGCUGUGAUUUUGAAAAAUAAACAAGCUGCAUUGCCUGUACCAGUAAUGACACACCUGAAUAUCAGUGAAUCCAGCAAUUCAGAAUCCACUUUUGGACAUACAGUGUCUUUACUUUACAAAGAAAUAGAAAUCCAUACAAAAAAAACAUUCUCUUUAAAGUACAUUAAAAGUGUGAUUUGUGUUUACAGUGUGGCUAAAAGAUAUCUACUUUAAAGCGAUCCAGCAGUCAAUGUAUAAGAAUAUCUAGGUGUUUUAAAUACUGGAAUUCAGCUGCUACCACAGCCAUGUUCCUCUAAACACAUCACUGUUUCAGUUGUGGAUGGUAUUCAUGUUGCAUAUGCUGUCCAAAGCCAUGUGAGUGAGCAUCUAUUUUUUAAACAAAAAACAGAAAUAGGCUAUGUGCUAUUAUGCCGUGUAAUAAAAGUGUAAAAGAAGCA